GUCAGCACCAGGCUCAACACUGACAGGGUGGCAUUUAGUUUAAUAGCACAGUUCAACAACUUUGCACUGGAAAGACUUUUUUCCUGAUGAAACCUGUGCACUCUUUUUUCUGAGCUUUUUUUUAAUUAUCGUACUUUGCCAGAAGCCUGGGACUUCAAAAACUUUCCUUUUCCAAUUGAAGGUGGAACAUAUAGGGCCCCACUGGCUCUUGCUGGAGGAAUACCUUUUCUCUUCUGUGUUAAAGGCAUUUUUGUUCCUCAGACCGACAAGUCCUUACACAUUUUUUCAUCUGACAACUAAAUAUCCAACAACAAAUUCGGCGAUGGCUGGCAGCCCUUUACUGAUCAUCACUUUGUUUUUGUCUCUGGCUGAAGCAAAGUUCUACCGACCGUUCCAGUUUCACCAGUAUAAGACUGAGCCCAGCCCUCACCAUGAGCCGGGGAGGCCCACCAGCAGACACAAGAACCACUGUGCCUACGUGAUUGAGAAGACCGUGUCCUUCACCAUGCAGGAUGGGGCGGCCCCUUAUGUAAAAGCUGAAUACAACAAGUGUUCCUGGGGCCAGAAAUGCCCAACUCUUAUGUACCGCCUGUUUUACAAGCCAAUUUACAAGGUGGCACAUAAAACAGUCACAGAGCUUGAGUGGCGUUGUUGUCCUGGGUACUCUGGUUACAACUGCAUGGAGGCACAUCCGGUUUACCAGCAGCCUAUCAGAAUGAUGCCACCGUUCACCGGCCCAUCAAUGAAAGGCCCACAGUUUCAAGAGCCACGGCACGAAGGGCCCAUGUUUAAUGGUCCGAUGUUCAAGGGUUCAACUAUGAAUACUGCUGGAAAAGCCAACCCGUGGAGUAAACCGGAAGGGCCUCCCAUCAGCAGUUUUAACCCCUACCCAAUUCCUCAGUUUGGGCCCCAGGGUUCACCGUCCUACUCCAAAAUAUCCUUUGAGCCGUAUCCGCCUGAGCCUGAGCCUGAACCUGAGCCAGAACACCAGGAACCAAACCUCACAGAUGACAACCAAAACCAUGAACAUGAGCUUACCCAAGGACCAGAGGAAAUGAUUCCUGCUCCGGCUUCUGGAGAAGAACAACUUGAGAGUGAAAACACAGGGCAGAUUCUUGACGGCGACACAAAGGAGCAAAUAUAUCGAAUGGAGGAGGAUGUGCGUCGUCUGAACCAGGGUCUGGAAACACUGAGGGGAAUUGUGACGGGGUUGGAGGCUAGCCUAAGAGCAUCGCUGAGAGAAGAUGCCAACAGGAUGCUGUCAGCUCUGCUCUCUGCUGCCCCGGGUCCUCUCGCUGCUCCAGCCACAGCCUCUCAUCCAUCCACUGUAGGCUUUGCUGAAAUCCCUGGGGGAAACCCCGACACAGAGGGUCUAGAUGGAAGCCACGUUUUCCCAGGCCUCAAGGAACUGAAUGAAAGGGUAGAGGGACUCAGGACAGAGCUGCAAACCAAGACAACAGAGCUGCGGGAGCUCAAAACAACAGUGAUGGGACAUGAUGGCGCGCUGAAGAAGAUUUCAAACGGAGCAAAAGAGACAUCUGACUUCCGUCAUCAUCUUGGGGGGUCUGUGGAGGAUUUGAUGGACGCCAAACUAAGCACCACCAGGACAGAAAUUCUUGACGAACUUGAGAAGCGUAUGAGGGACGAAGAGGGCCGAUGCAAGGAGAAAAUUGGGGAUGAGCGCCGUCAGUGCCAGAGAGAACAACAUCAGCAGCAGGAGAAGAUGAAACAAUCUCUGCAGCAAAGGGCAUCAAAGGUAGGAAGUGAGCUGGAAAACCUGCAGGCACAGAGCCGAGGUCUGCAGGCCGGAGACAGCAAUGCACUCGUAGGAAGAGUGCAGCAGCUGGAAGCGUCAGUGGGGAACCUCAAUCAGUCCCAGGCGAUCCUGAGAGUGGAGCUCGGUGGACACAAGGACCACAUAGAGGGAAUACUGGAAGGGCGUCUAGGAUAUGUGGAGUCCAAGCUCAACCUGACAGGACGGAUGGAAAAUCAUGAGUCUAAAAGGAAGACUGGUGUUUUAGAGGAUGCGUUGACCGGAGAAGGCUUAGAGGCCAGGAUGGAGCGUAAGAUGAGUGUUCUGGAGGAGCGUCUACUGGUAGCUCUGGAGGAGCUGGGUAACGCUACGGCUCCUGCGCUGCUGGAGCGCCACGCCGUUCCAACUCUGGAGACAGAGCUGGAGUCCCUGCGAAGAAGACUUGAGCUAGAUGUGGACCGAGUGCAAAAACAGCUCAACGGCCUUGAGAUUCUCUGCACCUCUUCUGGCUCCUCACCGGAGAAAUACGCCACCCAAGCAGACUCUGCUGGGCCCAGUGAAAAUGUGACGGAGGCCCCGGACCUACAGGCUGACCGUCUAGAUAGCCUCAACAAUACAGUGCAGAUCAUUCUGAGCAAACUGACCUUCCCCGAGCAGCAGAAACAACCAGAAACAUAUUCUCCCGUCCAAGCAGAGCUCUCCGUCCUCAGGUUCAACGUUGACAUGGUCAACCACACCCUGAAAAGCCUGCAGGACUCCCUGGGCACGGUGCUCCACCAGGCGGGCCAAGCCAACAGCUCCUGGUACGAGAGAGAGGCUCGGCUGGCCCAGCAGAUCAAGGGAGUGGUCCAGCUGGUCGGACACCAGGCGUCCAUGCUCGGGGCAGGGGAGCGCAGACUGGCGCGGCUGAAAGGUGAGCUGCAGGAGAUGAAGAGGCGGCUGGCCGAAGAAGUGCGAGUGUGCCAGAACACGGCCACGGUGGUUAAAAAAGAGGUGACUGAAGUGGGAGGGCGUGUAACCAGCGUGGAGGAUCAGUGCAAGGGCCUGAAUUAUUUGGCAGAUGACCUGGAGAGGAUCAGGGAGGAGCUGGAGAGACAAUCCAACGGUCUUCUCCUGCAGGUCAACGGGACUCUCUCCAGCCAUGCUCAGCAGCUGUCGGAGCUGAAAGGAGAACUCAGAAACUGCACCUCGGGGCCAAAGCCGACGCAAAGUUUACAGGUGAAGGAAGAGGUGAAACGAGGGGAUGUCUUCACUUUGAAUUAGUUCAAUGUAUUCGGACAGUUUUUGUGUAUUUGGCAGGUGAAUCGGGGUUCCACCACAGCUCCUUGUAGCACCCUAUAAUGUAAUAAUUACCUGAAAAUGUAAUACAAUUUGCACUUAACUCAAUCAAAAAUGUAAUAAAACCCAAUAAUGUAAUAACUUGACCAAUAAUCUAAUAAAAUAUCCUGACUGAUAUUGUAAUAACAUUUUUACCGAUAAUGUAAUACCUUAUUACAUUAUUGGGAAUUUAUUACAUGCUACUCAAAGUCUGCAAUUUAAGCCAAUAGUCAUUCUGGUGUUUCAAAUCCAGCGUAUAUAACAUUCUUACAUACUUAAAACACAAAAUGUAGAACUCUGGACU